AUGGAGGAUGAAUUGAAUUAUCGGUUCGAAACACUUCAACUUCACGCUGGACAAAGUCCCGAUCCUACCACUAAUGCCAGAGCCCCUCCGAUCUACGCAUCUACAUCAUUUGUAUUUAGAAAUACUAACCAAGCAGCAGCCGCAUUUUCUCUCGCUGAACCUGUCAAUAUAUAUACAAGAAUAAGCAACCCGACAACUGACAUGUUUGAACAAAGAAUCGCAGCUUUGGAAGGUGGCAUCGCGGCCGUGGCCACUUCAUCUGGCCAAUCUGCGCAAUUUUUGACUAUCGCAGCAAUAGCCACCGUUGGAGAUAAUAUAGUUUCAACAAGUUUUCUAUAUGGUGGCACUUACAAUCAAUUUAAGGUCACGUUGCCACGUCUAGGAAUUAAUGUGAAAUUUGUCAGUGGAGAUAAUCCCAAUGACUUCAAAAGAUUGAUCGAUGGCAAAACAAAAGCUAUAUUUAUUGAAACAAUUGGAAACCCAAAGUUUAAUAUCCCUAACUUUGAGGAGAUAUCGACGAUUGCUCAUAAUGCAGGAAUUCCUCUGGUCGUAGACAACACGUUUGGCGCAGCUGGGUAUUUUUUUCAACCAUUUAAAUGGGGAGCUGAUAUUAUCGUUCAUAGCGCUACAAAGUGGAUUGGAGGUCAUGGUACAACCAUUGGCGGCGUCAUUAUUGAUGGUGGAAGAUUCCCUUGGAAUAAUGGAAAAUUUCCAGGUUUCACAGAACCAAGUCCUAGCUAUCAUGGCACCCGAUACUGGAAUGCGUUCGGGAAUGCAUCGUUUGCUGUCAAGGUUAGAGUUGAAAUUUUACGUGAUAUUGGCGCAUGUCAGAAUCCUUUUGGGUCAUUCUUAUUAUUACAAGGUCUUGAAACACUUUCAUUAAGAGUUCAAAGACAAGCCGACAACACUCUUGAACUUGCAAAAUGGUUGAACACCUUACAUGAUGUUGUUAGUUGGGUUUCCUAUCCAGGCCUUGAAGAGCAUCCAUACCAUGAAAAUGCAAAGAAAUAUUUAGUGAACGGGUAUGGAUGUGUUUUGGCUUUUGGCGUUACCGGAGGGAUGGAAGCUGGUAACAUACUUAUUAAUAAUCUCAAACUCGCCAGUUAUUUGGCCAAUGUCGGAGAUUCCAAAACCCUAGUAAUCAAUCCCGCCGCGACCACUCAUCAACAACUUACGGAUCAAGAGCAACUAGAGGCAGGCGUCACAAAAGAUCUGAUCCGUGUUUCAGUUGGAUUUGAACAUAUCGAGGACAUAAAGGCAGAUUUUGCUCGUGCUUUUGAUAAGGUUAGAGAAGCACAGAAGCAACGAUGCAAUAAAUAA